CCUAGCUUUUGGAUCGAUCUUCCAGGGCGCUACAUCGGCCUUUCUUCUUCGUCGUUUUUGCAAGAAUGCGAAGAUGAAGGCCUGGGAAAAAAGGUGAAAUUUUCAGGUUUUACAAGUGUUUGUGAACCAGAAGCGAUACUGGAUGGAGCAUUGCCUCAUAAUGAAGGAGCUCAUCUUUCGUGCUUUGAGGGUGCGAAAACCUCUGAGUUCAAAUCGUUUAAGAGAUUAUUGGAAAAAACUGCACAUAAGCACUAUUUUGAUAAUGCUGCCAAAUGUGAUAUCAAACUGAAAGAAGGCAAAGCAAUGGACUGCAAGGAAGCUUCGAGCAAUGCCAUCUCAAGUAAAUCUGAUAUUAGAAAGUCAUCAUUGCCCGUACAAAAUGUUUCAUUUAUUGUGCAAGACUGCUUCUCUUCACCUAAGCAGGUUUCGCAGAAACAUGAAUUUAAAAACAAAGCUGAAAGAAAUAAUGGUGCGAUUAGAUCAGUGGCACUUACAACGACCACAACAAUGGAUCGACUGUUUCAUCCUUCUUCCCAAAUAGUUGGGAAAAUUCGUGGUGGUGGACAUUCAGUAGUUCAUGACACAGAAAUAGAUGCAGUUACGGAUGAUAUCCUUGAUUUACAUGUCACCCAAACUGAUGCAGAAAUGACUGAAAGUUCAGUUAUUCGAUGAAUCUAUUUAAACAUUUUAAUUAUAUCCAGUAUUCCACUUAACUGUUAAAUUGUUAAUGAGUUAAUCUGUUCUGCUGCUUGUAAAAUUUGUUUUAUGCACUGGUUCUGUAUUUCUGUGGUUGUUCUGUUCAGUGGUUGUUCUGUAAUUCUGUUCAUUCGUGGACUGUGGUUCACCGUUCACUGGUUCUGUAUUUCUGUCAUUCUGUUGUUGUUCUGUUCAUUUGUGGUUCACUCACUUCACUGGUUCACUGGUUAUGUAUUUCUGUGUUAUUAACUUAUUAUGCUGCUGCCGUUUAUUUGGUUUCUCGGGCCUGAGGACUGAGGGCCUGAUGCUGCUUCUGUUAAGUUCAAAAUUUUGUUUAGUUCAAAAUGCUGUAAGUCUGUAUUCUGUAAGACUGUAACCCGUUGCAUUUGGCUAAGGGACUUUGCAAGCUUUGUGUGGGCAUUUG